GCUUUUUAAUUUUUAUUUCAGAUGGUGAUGUAACAGUAAAUUUUGAAACUUCAAACGGACACACCAUAGCUAUUGGUGAAGAAACCAUACAGGAAGAAAAUGCAGUAAAAGCCAGCAGAGAUAAUGGCGCUUUGUCAGAGAAACCAUGUGGGCCAGAAGGAAAAAAGAAGAUCAAAAAGAGAACACUACUGAUCACUGCUCAGAAAUAACUGCAUCCCAUGCUCCACCACUACCCAAGUCUAAGCCUAAGUCUAAAAAAGCUCCGCUACCACCAAAAAAUGCUCUUGCUGCUUCUACCACCACCAGCCAUAAGAGUAAUGAAGCACCUCAUGCUAAAAAAAGAAAGGCUCCUGUUAAGCAGCCUCCUCUCCCGCCUCCCAAGCCAACAAGCCACAGUGCAAAUCGAGAAGUAGCUAGUGCUUCACAUGCUAAAAAAACACCAGUCUCCAAGUCCUCUUCAUCACCAUCUACUUCGUCCACAUCAUCUCAUCCCAAAGCCUCUAAAGAGACUUCCAGCAAAUCAGGCACAUCAGGAACUCCCAGGGGCAAGAAAAGGCCUGGGAAACAAACAGCUCCACGAACAGCACCAGAUGGGGCUGCCUCUUCCCCUUCAGGUGCCACUACCAACAAGUUGGAAGUGAAGGCAGAAAAAUCUGAGCCUGAGCAACCUUCCAGUGUAAUUUCUGAAACAGAGGAUGUAGGCGAACCAAGCAAGCUGGUUGUCCCCCCUCCUCCCAUCACUGCUCCUCCUCCACCCCCACCCCCACCUCCACCUCCUUUUACUUCUGCAGCUGGUCAACUCAUUGUAUCCUCAGAUGCCCAAGAUCCAUCCGUUCCCGGAUCAGAUAGUAAACCUCUUCUUCAGGCUGAGCGAGGCGCAGAUGAAGGCUUGAGCAAUACAACCCCAGACAGUGGUCCAGAAGCUAGUGGAGAGGACACAAAAAGCUUGGCUAGCAAAGACAACCAAGAAGCAAAGGCAGCUGGCCAGACCCACUCUGAACCAGCAGAGAGGACUUCUGAUGCUGCUGCUGCUGCUGAAAGUGAAAGCAGCAGAGAGAGCCAUGGCAGUGACUCUGAUUCUGAUGGGCCCAUACUUUACACAGAUGAUGAUGACGAUGAUGAUGAUGAUAAUGCGAGUGCUGAAAGCUCUUUGGCAAGUAAAAUUCGUCGUAGGGAUACUCUUGCUAUCAAACUUGGCAACAGACCAUCUAAGAAAGAAUUAGAAGACAAAAACAUCCUGCAGCGUACAUCUGAAGAGGAGAGGCAGGAAAUCAGACAUCAGAUUGGAACGAAGCUUGUGAGGAGACUUAGCCAGAGGCCUACAACUGAAGAGCUAGAGCAGAGAAAUAUCCUGAAGCAGAAGAAUGAAGAAGAGGAACAGGAAGCCAAAAGGGAAAUAAAACGUAGACUCAGUAGAAAGCUCAGCCUGAGGCCUACUGUGGCUGAACUUCAAGCAAGACGAAUCCUACGGUUUAAUGAGUACGUGGAGGUUACGGAUUCUCCAGAUUAUGACCGUCGUGCUGACAAGCCAUGGGCCAGGUUAACUCCUGCAGACAAGGCGGCAAUACGGAAAGAACUGAAUGAAUUUAAAAGCACAGAAAUGGAAGUACAUGAGGAAAGUCGACAGUUUACCAGGUUUCAUCGUCCAUAGUUGUAUGACCACAUCCCAUGUUUUAUGUAACAGUUUUCUUUGGGGAAAUCAUUGUGUCCUGAAGACCCAAGAGUGCACUGGAACUUGACUGAGCGUGAGCGUAUCUUGCAGCUUGCCCUGAGGUUAAUGGAGGAUGUGGCCUCGUCUUUAUCAAUGAACAAAUUAAUUGACUAGGAGGAGAAGCCAUAUGAAGUGUUUAUUUUAACAAAGAUACAUCUCGAUGCUAAGACAGAGCAUGGUGCUGUGGCCAGCCCACAGAGACAAGCUGAUGGUCUUCUUCAUCAGAGUUUGACACAUCGGGAAGAGCAGAAGACAAUCACUUGAGAGCCUAUGGCCAGGAACUCCUCAGACCUUAUGGCAUUGUGACUGGGGGUAACUGAGGAGGGGAGCGUGAGGAGGACUGAGAGCAGGAGGAGGGGGACUUCCCUUGUCAGCCAGAAGUGAAUGGUGGGAUGGUUGGCACUGUUUAGGGAUGCACUUGGCCAGUGGGAAGAAUCAUUUUUAAAAAAAAAACAACUGUGUGAGCAGCUGUGCAUGUAGAUUCUAGUGGCUGCAGCCUGUCUGAGAAAGACAGAAAGCCACAAGUCCUCAUGUCAUCAGUACUUUAGUGAAGAACUGUAAUUUUCUCUGGUGCCAGUAAAUGCAGAUGCCAGAAAUUAGUCCUAUUAUAACUCAGACAUCUUUUUUAAAAAUCCUGAUGAGCAUGCUUCAAGAAAAUACAUUGAACAUUCAUACAGAACAAGUAAUAUAUUUUUCAUUUUUUAAUGUUGACAUACUCUGGAUCCUCAGAAAUAGGUAAACAGGAUUCAGAGAGCAAACGACACCUGACGCUAUGAAUGCAACGAAAUUAUUUGUGUUUAAAAACACUCCUUUCCACCUGUCACUUGCCAUUCAAACCAGAGGGAUCACUAUCGUCCUCACCUGUGGCAGGCAAUAGUGGCAGCUUUGACAUCGUGUUAGCGUGGAUCCAAAUUCAGAAUUGAAAUGGGGCACAAAAGCCCUUACUGGCAGGUUGAAGCAGUGAUUGCUAAUAUGACAUUUUACACGUGAGAAUCCUUGCGCUGCUUGUAGGAAGGACUCACAUAUGAAUCAGUGUGUCUUCAGUCUGUGGUCUUGUGAAAGUUAAUAGAAAAUCCUUAGAGCAUCUGCAGCCUGUUUUUGUUGAGUGUGGAGAAUGCUUAUUAGAUCCAUAAAUUUUUAUACUAUCUUGGAAUUGUGUAUGUGAAGACUGCUAUUCAAAUUAAAUGGUAUGGAGUGUGAAAGGCAAUACAUGCUUUUUGUAAGUUGGCCCUAAACCUAUUAAAAAGCCUGUGGCAUUGUUUACACUAAGGAAUUCUCUGUCAUAUAUUAGCACUUAUUUAUCCUUUGAAUUAUGUACACAACAUUUUGGGGGGGAGGAAGGGGUAUGGAAUUCACAUAUGCAUACAUGUAAUGCAGUAUUACAAUAUAUAUGCUAUUUAUCCUUUCUAACGUGUGUACAUACUACAAUUUAUUUUUGUCUUUUAUGUGUCCUGCUUAGUUUUUAAUUAUGAAGUGUAAGUAUUUCUUUUUCAGGCAAUAAAAGGUCUGUGUAGAUGUGAUUCUUACCUCAAAGCCUGCAGUAGAUUCUUGUGGAAUGUUUUUUUUUUCUAAAAUUGAAGAUUGUUGAUUUAGAUGUCAGACUAAAGGCAGGAAGGCAAUUUAGUGGCUUAAAUUACAUCUCCCUCUUUACUGAUAUUUACAGCAAGAUUAGGUUUGCAUAAAUGAGGUGGAUUAUUUUAGUAAAGAGCACUUGAAGUAACAGGAGAGUGCUUUCCAACAGCUGCCAUCCUAUUAUCUUAAAUGAGUUGACAAACUUUUUUUUUUUCUUAAAGAAAAGAGAUUUAAAUGUCUGUUAGAAUCAUUUGUAUUUUAGUAAAAAUCCAAUAGAGUAAGACCCAAAAAUAUCAACAAUCAAAUAAGGUAGCCAUCUACAUGCUUGUAGAUGUACAGCAAAGAAAAGAAUAAGCGCCUUCCUUUUUUUAAUGGAAUCAAUAAGAGGCAUUAAGAUUCCAUUUGCAGGAAACAGUUCAGCUUCUGCAAGGCCCAUCAUUUCGUAAAUAUAGAAAUAUCACUUUGACAUCAAGGAAGCAGUGAAAAUGUAUUCUUUGGCACUAAAUCAUACAAAAAUGAUCAGGCCAUUAGAGAGUGAAGGUUUGUCAGCAAUUCUGGUAGAAUUCUAAUUUUUAUUUUUAGAAUUUGAAGACCAAACUUAAAACCUUAUACCAGCACUUAAUAAAUAGUUCUGCGUAAGGCUUCUUUUUCUGUCGCCAAACUUGGAAAUGUGUGUCCAAAAUCCUAUAAAGGUUUACUCUGUUGACUUUGAAGUAUGAAACACAAUAUUUCACUUCAGAGGAAACAGGUGGAACAAUUAACUACACCUCAGUACUGCUUUAAUUGUUUUCAAACUGUUGGAAGUAUACAAGAUACUCAAGGCAGAAAUACAACUGGGGUACAGAGUAUAAUAGCUUUGGCCAAGGUCAGGUCAGACCACAUAAACUUUAUAGAAGACAGCAGUUCCAUUGACAUGCCAGGGUAUGUAAGGAUUACAUAAGUGAACUAAUACUCAUUAGGCUCUUAGGAUGAAGAGAACCAAGUGACUCUGCAAGAAGACAUUCCUCCAGACCAGGCUGAGAACAUGAACGGCAAGAAACAUGCUGCCUUCUCAUUUAAGAGCUAAGGCACAAAGAUGAGAAUACAACUUCUGGCUCAGGCUUCCUCAAACUGCAUUUUGCUGUAAGGCAUGAGGAUAUGUAAGUGAGGUAUCUCUUAGGCUUUCCCUAUUCUCCUGGUUUUUGUUAGUCGCUUUGUUUUGCUUUGUUUUAAAGUAUUCACUAUGAGCCAUUGCUGGAGACAGAAUACUAGCCUGGGUGGAGAUGCUCAGCUGUUCUUUCAUUUCUUGUGUAAUUUCUUAAUACUUCCAUGAUAAAUAAUCAGAUGCAUUCCUUUGCCUGCAGUUCAGUAAGCUACUUAAGCAAAUGUAUGUAACUGGACAAAAAGAGUUGCCUUUAUUGGGACUUAUGUAAAAAUGUAGUAUAUCUGGAGAAACAGAACUAUAAACUAUCCAUUGUGUAUUGUACUCAUGCACAGACUUAGAAUUGUAUAUAUUAUUUUUAUAUUCUAAAUAUCAACUGGCAGGAUAGCAACAGCUGUAAAAUGUUACCCACGCAAUAAAAAAAUGAGAUUUUGGUA